AUGGAGGACCCUCUCAUUCAAGCAUUGCCUCCGGCUACGGACUACCUGACAUAUCUUACUCUGUUAGAGUACCAGCUAACCCCAGCACGUCUACCGCUUUUACACACUCUCCUGCAAGAUGAGAAGCUUACAACGAACAUCGGUUGGGACCUGGUUAAGCUGCUCCUACCCAUGCUACCAGCGUCCACAGAAUGCCUACAAGAUGUGGCUCGACUAGGGAAUCCUCGAGAAGUGAUCUUGCGCGUCUCUGAAUCUCUGAUGCAACUUCAGCCGGAGGAUGAGGAUGAGGAUGAGGACGAGAACACUGAUCAGGGACUGCCCCUGCACAUCCUACAGUUCAACUGCCUUCUCGGAAUGCUCUCGGUACUUCACACACGAAUUCAGACAAAAGCCCCGAGUCGUUUCGUGGCAACCUCUCUCCAAGCAGCACUGGAAGCGUAUACCACAAUGGCGACCAACGAGACCACCCUAGCCUUCCUUGAAUUCUUCCGCGAGAUCUCUCCCUCCAAACGGCCUGCACCACCACCCAGAGCUGCUAGCGAGUCGAGCAUACUGAGGGUUGCCGCUGCCUCAGCCCCAGACCCCGAAGCCGAGGUAUCCUCGCCCUCUCCGUCUGCUGAUAACGAAACCCUCCUUGUUCGGAAAUUCAUACAGUUCGGCUUGCUUGAGCUGGUGAAGUCAUAUCUCCUGAGUUUCUCCAGUCCCAUGGAUCCGGGAAUGUCGUGGACCAUUCGAAUGCAAGAACACCUCCAUCCGGAUCUGCGGCUACCUGCCGCCCAAUCGCAGACUGAGGCAUAUGGAUCGAUCAAGGAGCUUAAGGAGCGCGAUAUGAUCAUGGGAAAGAUUAUGGCUUUAUCCCGUGACGUUGGAAUUGACAACGAGGAUCUCCUGUCAAUCAUAACCGCAUCCCCGACAGAUCAAACUGCUCAACUUGAUUUUGAUGAGCCACCAACGAACCCCGAUCAAAUUCCGCUAGAACGCCAUGGUUCGCUCCUCCUACUAGCAGCUCGGGCUGCAGGCGCAACCCUCUUUGCCUCUGGGCAACCGCUCCGUCAAGUAUCUGUCUUCCCUGAGCUGGCUCAGAUAUUUAACAACUUUGUCGGCGGCCACACCAAUCUCGACGAAGUGGCUUUCGGUCAACCCCAUGCACUUCUCGACUCUUUGCUGGCUUUGACUGUCUACGCUCUGCAACAGCCCAUCAAACCGCCGUCAAGUGAUGCUGAGUUCAAGGAUUUAGUUGUCCUGUUGACCGCAUGUACAGCGCGCCAGAGCCAUGGCAUCGUUCGCCAGAUUCCGGCUGCCAUUGUCCAGAGUCAUCCAUUGCCUGAGACGCGGUUUAAGCUCAUCUACAAGAUCUUGGAAGAUGAUCAUCUUUCUUCGGCGCGGGAUAGCGCCAUCGCAUGGCUAAAGGAUGAACUACGCAGCAGCUCCACCCAGUCCGCCGACAAUGUAUUCCAGGAUCCGCUCUACUUCUGGGCUCUAUUCCCAGCUCUUUUCAAACCCGUCGCUGCGGCCGGUUCAACAUCCGACCUUGUUACUAGAUGGUCUCAUCUUACCCAAACUCAAGGCCCACAGCUCCAUUCCGCAUUGAGCCUGUACUACUUGUUGCUUUCCUCGUCAUCUCUACGCGACCGGCUUCAUCUCGAGAAAACCGUCAAGUUUUUCCGCAGCCAUGUCUUAAACCCUCUCCGGCAAGCAUUCCAGAGCUUUGAGGCCGAUCUCAGCGCCAAGGGAGGCGAUGGUGUCAUCGAAGCUGCAGUUGGGGAGGAAAUGUGCCAGAUUGGCAAUGCACGUUCUGUGGGACUGAUUGGUCUUACGCUAGAUCAAAUUGAGGAGGCAGUCAGCGAUGCAUUUGGUUCCGAUGAGGGGGAUCUCGGUGAAUAUUCUGAAGCCGAAGAGGCUAAGGUUUCCGAGAUUCGGAAAACUAUUGAUAUCUGGAAAUAA